GCAUGUCCGCAGCGGGGGCGUCACGUUGGACAGCUUCGUCCAAUCACCAUCAACUUUUCUAACACAGAUUUGUAAGAUGGCGACCGCCGAACCGGUGAGCACUUUCUCUAAAGAACAUAUCAAAACAAUUGAGAGGCUGUUAUUGGUGAAUAUAAGACUAGUUCACAUUGGAAGUUUCAGUAUAACUUUUAUUAAGUCUCCAUGAAAGGAAAUUGACUGUUGUUUCAGCCACACGUGCUGUCUUGAGUAGUUUCAACUUUGCCUGCUGUGCCACGACCCAGGCGUCAAAAGGGAACGCUCGUGAGUGUUCCCAACUUUAAGGCUGACGUUAUGGCUCACCGACGUGCCAUUCACCUCUGUGAUGAGAACCACCACCAACUUCCCGGACGAAAUUCAUUAAUGGGUCGUAGUUAAUUGCAGGGGUUGUAAACACGCAAGACAUAUUUAUUUGUAAUGAACUACCAGUAAAUUUAACGCUUAAUUAAUAGUCGAAUAAUGAAAUAAUCGCGUUGGAUUUCCAGUUCCGUCCCCACCGACCUUCACAGAAACUAGUACUCAAGACGUUAAUGUUUAAGUAAAUUCAGCCGAAUCAAGAUGGCGAGAAAGCUGAAGGGUCUGCUUUUCUAAAUGUUUUUACCAGUGAACAGCUGGGUGCAGUUUGUCUAAUCUGAGUGAGAGCGCACGUCUUCUGUUUAAGGUUAUGUCAGAAAAUUAACUUGAGAACUCGAAGCAGGAUUACUUCAGUUACUAACAUCCCAGGAACAAACACAACUGUGCUUAACUCCUCAUUUAUAUAGCUGCUGUCAAACAGGAGGCGGUCAUGUUAGCCGAGCUUCACCAAAUGUGUAAAAGUGAAAUGUGUAGCAGAUGUUGGUGGUCGCUUUUCGCUACGUCGAGCAAUAUACAGUCUAUUUUAAGUCUUUGCAAGUUAAGGAAAUUUAGGUAACACUUAACGUGAGCCCACCUCUCCUAAUGCACCAUAAGUAUAUUUGUAAAACUUUAUAAAUGCAUCUUAAAGGCUUUAUUAAACUUUUUAUCAGCCUUAUAAGCAUUCACAAUAUCUUAGAGCAAUGUUUCUUAAGCGUUAACAGCAGUGUGUGUCAUGUCUUAUAAGUGUAUGGUUUAUAAUGCUAGAGAAAAAACAAUCAUUAAAAAUGUAUUUUUGUUGUGGAGUACUUCUCUCUGGAACUUGACUUAGAAAAUACUCCUUUGUAUUAAGGUAUGUUACAUUAAAAACCAUAAUUUCACGAGGUAUUAUGCUCACUGUUAUAACACCUCAUAAACGUUGCUAUAAGAUGUUAUUAAUGCUUAUUAUAAGGGUUGUUCUUAAGCUGUAUAAAUGCAUUUGAAAUGCAUUAUAAAUGUGUAUCUGUGUGAUGGACGGUCAGUUCAUAAAAAGUGUUUGCUUGAGAAUAGGUUGCUGUAUUUUUUGCACUGUCAUAUGUUUCUUUACUUUGGUUUGUCAUGACACCAACUAUAAGUUUUAAUGGCUGACUGGUGUAUUAUGAGUCCACAACUUCGGAGUCAUUAUUCAGGAUAUCCCUGUCGCUGUUGUUUAUAAUGAUUACAGAAUAAUCCUUAUCACUUAAAAUUAAUCUGGGAAAGGAAUUCUACUGUCUCCUCAAUGUAUUUCACCUCAAAUGAUUUCUUUUAGGAAAGCAACCCAAGUCCAACCCAGACUGAUGAAGAUGGAGCAGAGGAAUCUGGGCAGGAAAUUGUAAACCCUGAGGCAUACAUCAAACACCCCCUCCAGAACAGGUGGGACUCUGAAAAAAACUUUUUUGACACCUGUUUCAGGGGUCAGUUUAAGGAUAAGAGAAUGACAUGUUUAGUUUAGGUAUGGUUUAGUGCUAUUUUACCUUCACAUAAAUGUUUCUAGUUGGCAAAAGUUUUAGUUAUAUUAAAACACAAAAUUAUUUAACCAUUUUUUUUGUAAAAAAAAACUUUAAUGUAUAAGUUAAGCCCCACAGGAAAUACAGGUUUAUGCUGUUAUUGCCUUCUAUGGUGUGAAUAUUUGCUGAUUUUUCAAUUUUUUUUACAACAUAUACACUAACUAUUAAAGUGAUUAAAGCGAUUCUUUUGACAGAACAUUUGAAGAAGUGACCCUUAAAAAAGAAAAGAGUGUGCAUUUAAAAUAAAAAGCUUUUGAUUUUUCAUGAACAAUGAAUGAAAUAGUCUGUUGCCAUAACUAUUUGCCAUUCUCAUGUAAGUUGUGUUCAGGUUAAAACCAAGCUUUGCAUUUAUUUGAUCUACUUGUAAUUAGACUUCUAGUUUUCUGGUUUGACAGUUUUAUCUCAAGCACUCUGGAUGACAGUUGUUAUGCUACUGAAAUGAAAAUGUCAUGUUUUCCUGUUGUUGUCAAUAUUAACUUGUCACUCAGUUGUUAGAUCAGUAAGCAUGGUUCAAAAAUUCUAUGACCCUACUUCCAAAUAUCUGAAUGAUGGCACAAAACAAAACAAAAACCAUGUCAUGCUUUGCUUAAAUCCAGAAAACAAAGUAGUCAAAUUGUUUGAGCAUUGUAUAAGGUAAAAUCAUGCAAAAGAAAAGGCUAUGAGAAGUACAAAAUAUACUUCACUCCAGGUAUCAACACGUUUGCUAUAUAUUUGAGAAAAAAAAUCAUGCUUGAGUAGAAAGACAACUUAAAUAGGGUUGAAAAUAUCUGCAAAUGAUUUUCGAAAGGUUGAGUGUACACUGAUAAUUUCUUAAAUUACCAGUGUCUUUUAUCCACUUUAACAGUGAUUGAAAGUGUAGCAUAAAAAUGUGAUAAUUCAUAUUUCUGUUUCCAGAGAUGAUGACUUAUUGGUAUGUAGUGUCACUUGUGGUUCGGAUCUUUUCUGUUUGUUUUCACUUUCUUCAAGUAUUACAGUGGAUUUUCUCUCACCGUCCAAACAAAGACAGUCUGAUGGACUGCAGGUUUUAUAUCCCCACAGUAUUAUUGUGAUUGUGUUUGAUGGGUCGUUGACAUGUCCAGUGUGUUUCAGUAUUUUCUUUCAGUCCAUAGUCAGGUGCGGUUUCGGAUUCCUACUGUACUGAAUGCAAAUGUGCAACAAUUGAAUAUUUUCUGUGUAUUUAAAUCCCACCAAGAUGUUUUUCUUCACAAGGAUCAGACAUCAAAUCCAAUCAAAAUGCUAAAAUGCCUAGGCAAUAGUUAGACCUAUACCACUAUAAUGUAAUUUCAAAGUUUAAUUGGUGGGUUUGCAGCACAGAUUAAAGUUGAUGUUUGCAGAAACUAAUAUUAAAGUAGUUACUGUAAUAAUAAUAAAAAAAAUUACAAAAGCUUCAAAUUUUCACUUGUCUGGAACAAUGAGUUUGAUACUUAAAUGAAGAAGUUUUCAUGUUAAUAGUCAUUUAGUUGUAAAUCGAGUUAUUUAGUCUACAGCCACUUUUUUACAAGAUCCGCCUGCUAUUAUACGGUAUAAUCCGGUGCAUAAGCAUUUAUGAGAAGGCAAAUAAACACUUUGAGGUCAAUCUAUGGCUGGUUUAAACCAAAAACAACAAUAAAGGAAACUGUUGUUCAGCUUGGCAGAGAACACCAAUGUACAAGCCGACUUAUUUCAUCAGGUUAUUAUUAAAUCUACACUAGCUAGUUUAAGAAAAUAAGGCACAUCGCCCUUUUCAACAGUCAGUCAGCCUGCUGGUAGGGUCAUUUGCUGACUGUCAGCAAGCCAAAAGCAAUUACUAUCCCCACAAGUCUAUGCAUGUUAUAAAGAGGGGUUUUACAGAGAGUGUUACUUUGUGCUGUUACUUUGCUGAAAUUGUUCUUUUUUUACCUAUUUCUUUGGGCUCUUUUCUUUUUUGUCUUUUUUUUCUUUUUUUGUCUGUCUAAAAAUGCAGUUGUAGCAAGUAACUCACUUUCCUCAUUAAUAUUUAAAGACAUUGUAAUCAGCCACAGAGAAGCCUAGAAAGGAGGCAGUUCAAAAAAAAAAGAGACAGACUGUACUGUCUACUUGCACUGGUGCAAUCUGAUCUUAAACCAUUUCAUCUUCAAUCUUUAGUCUGAAUUUGACAGCUAUUGAUUGAAUGGAUCUUAAAAAUAUAUGCUGAAAUGUUAUAGCCUUGAAUUUGCCAGUUUGAUAGAACACCAAUACAGCUGUAAUUCCAAAAAAGUUAAGACUCUGUGUAAAAUGUUAAUACAAACAGAUUUGAUUGCUUAAAAAUCAUUUUAAGACUGUAUUUGAUGUAUGAUUGUGCAUUUCAUAACACUUUGGACCGGAAAUGUCUACCAUUGUGUUGCACAUAUAUACUUUUUCAUUGUAUUGUUGGCCGUGUUUCAAUUUUUUAAAUCACCGUUUUCCACCGUGUUUUGAAUUAUUUUGAAUUGGGGUUGAAUAUUCACACAAGUAAAAAGGAAUGACAUACAAAUGUGGACUGAACUGUGAUGAGCUAUGAUAGAGUUGGCAGAGACCUUUAUUUCUACACCUAUUGUAUGGAGCUUGAGAUAGUUGAUGAGUUUUGAGAUAUUUCAUUUUAAAAAAGACACCAUUUCACAAUAGAGUCGUUUCUGAUUCAGAACCAAGAUAUAUCCAUACUUCACUCUUUUCCAAAGCUCAAUGGCGUUUGAGUACCUUGGUUUACCUUGUGUACCUUUUAUCAUGAACUUAUUACACUUACGUAAAUAUCUUUUUUUUUUUUUUUUUACCCAACAGGUGGUCCCUGUGGUUCUUCAAAAAUGAUAAGAGCAAAACAUGGCAGUCCAACCUGCGACUCAUCUCUAAAUUUGACACAGUUGAAGAUUUCUGGGCGUAAGAGCAGUUGAUAUCUCUGAGUGUCAAGUGUUUUUUGUGCAACCAUGAAGCAACUGUCACUAAAUUGUCAUGAUGUUUUUUUUAUUGUAGGGUAGUCACACUGGUGUGUAGCAUGUUAUAUAAAUAAAUAAUAUAUAAAUAAUGCUUUUCCCUCUUCAUUUCAGUCUCUACAACCAUAUCCAGUUAUCAAGUAACCUCAUGUCAGGCUGUGAUUACUCCCUAUUUAAGGUAAAUGUACAUCAUCAUAUCAUUACCCUCAUUCACAGUAGUUGACAUCAUUCAUGCUUAAGUAGAAGUGAAUUAAAAGUAGUUUACUAUUGUACAAUUAUAGUUUCAUAAAGGCAUAUUCUGUCAGUUUUUUACAAGCUCUGCUGUGUGAGUCAGAUUACUAAGGCAAAGCUUGUGUAGAAGAGCAGAUACACAACUUCCAAUAUUCAGCACCUGCUAGGUUCACAUGAGUAUUCAAGCUGCAAACCUUAAAGGCAGAUUUAAGCAUUUACUGCCGUUAUCAUUUCAAAGUUAGAACAGAUACAUUAGCCUUACAAUUGAAUUUCUCUUUGGGGAUCAAUGAAGUUCUUCUUGUCUAAUUUGAUCUCAUCUUAAGGCAAUGUUCAAUCAUGCUGACGACUUACUCAUAAAGAAGAAGUUUUGCUGCUGUAGUUUGUGAUGUGUGUUGACAUUUUGAACUGUUGCUACAGGAUGGCAUUGAACCCAUGUGGGAGGACGAGAGGAACAAGCGUGGUGGCCGCUGGCUGAUCACACUCAACAAGCAGCAGAGGAGAUUAGACCUGGACCGCUUUUGGCUGGAAACUGUAGGUUUGGCCUCUCUGCUGUGUUAACAUUGUCCCCUAGCCUUUUUUUAAUGUUGUUGCACUCACUCUAAAUGUCAGUAAAAUCAUUUGCACGAGUGAAUUACAUGUAAAUUCAAAUAAAAAUAUUGUCAUUUAGAACAUUUAUGGAAAAUGGAAAAUGGUCGAAAUACCAAAAAAGGUCCUGUGUUUUCAGACCUCAAAUAUUCCCCCCAAAAUGUUCAUAUUCAUUUUUACAUAACACAUUACUCAUGUUUUAACUUGAGUAUUUGAAUUGUUCAGAAAUCAAUAUUUGGCGGAAUAACACGGAAUCGCAAUCACAGCUUUCACACACGUUCCUUGUGCAGUUUAGCUUUUCGAACAGUUCAGCUUUGUUUGAUGGCUCGUGACCAUCCAACUUUCUCUUGAUCACAUUCCAGAGGUAUUCAAUGGGGUUCAGGUCUGGCCAUAACAAGGUCUUAAUCUGGUAGCCUGGCUGGGCCAUCCUGUUGCAUGAAUCAGUUGACGUUCUUUCCCACCACAGUCUGGACUUCGGCCCAUAGGGAGCGUGUAUUUAUUCCCGAUCAGAAAAUAACCGGGCCAAUCAGAGACCGUGUUUCCACUGUUACCCGGACAACAGGGAAUGGCAGCCCCUGAUUGGUCCAUGUGUAGAUGGUGACGUCUAACACAUGCUGCAGGACUUUUCAAAGCGCCGUUCAUUCAAAACGCCGUUAUUUCUGCAGUUUACUCUGCAAAGUCGGCAGAAAUCGUUUAGAUCCGACGUCUUCUGCGGAUAUAAAUGAUUUCUGUCGACUUUGCAAAGUCAACUGCAGAAUCAACGGCGUUCUGAAUGAACGGGGCUUUGAAAAGUCCCGCAACAUGUGUUAGACAUCACCAUCUACACAUGGACCAAUCAGGGGCUGCCUUUCCCUGUUGUCCAGGUAACAGUGGAAACACAGUCUCUGAUUGGCCCUGUUAUUUUCUGAUCGGGAAUACACGCUCUCUAUGGGCCGAAGUCCAGACUGUGGUGGGAAGGAACGUCAAGUGAUUCAUGCAACAGGAUGGCCCAGCCAGGCUAUUAAUCUGGUUGUCCUUCAUCCACACCUUGAUUGACCUGACUGUGAUGCAUUGUCCUGCUCGAAAAACCACUCCUCAGAGUUGGAGAACAUUUUAAGAGCAGAAGGCAGCAAGUUUUAUUCCAGGUUAACCUUGUAAGUGGUUUGAUUCAUGUGUCCUUCGCAAAGACGAAUCUGCUCAACCACAGUCUUGCUGAAACAUCCCCAGAUCAUCACUGAUUCUCCCGCAAUUUCACAGUGGUUGCAAGACAAUGUGGCUUGAAGGCCUCUCCAGGUCUCUGUCUAACCACCAGUGACAAGGUGUUGUACAAAGCUGGAAAUUAUAGUCAUCAGAGAAGAUGACUUUACUCUAGUCUUUUUCAGUCCCAUCCUUAUGGUCUUUUGCAAACUUCAGCCUGGCUCUUCUUUGCCUCUCUUAAUAAAAGGGCUUUUUUCCUCGCUUUACACGACUUAAGCCCUGCCUCAAGGAACCUGUUUCAAAACUGUUCUUGCUGUGCACUUCACCGCUGCCAUUUACUGCUAUUUUUGUAGGUCACUUGAAGUGAUCCUACGGUUCCUGAGUGACAUUCGGAUGAGGUGGCAAUAAUCCCGGUCAGUGGAGAGUUGUUUUCAGCUCUGCCAGAGUGUAGCUUUGUUGUUCCCAAUGUCUGCUGCUUGACCUUGUUCUUAUGAAUUGUUGUCUUAGAGAUGUUAAGGAUGGAAGCAACCCAACGCUCACUGUAUCCCUCUGUCAGUAAAGCUUGAAUUAAACCUGUCUUUUCCUCACACAAAACCUUUUUUUUAAUUUCAUGGUCAACAGUUUGUUUUUAUUCCAGUUACUGUUUGAUGUAUACUAGCACUGUUUUUGCCAUCCAGUUGGUCCUAUUGAAAGAGGAUAGUGAUGACCACAGCAAUGGAUUUUAUACUUUUCCUUCUUAAUUCAGAUUUAGUUCAGGUGAUAACCUCAUCAGUACCUUAUGGACAAUGUGGCUCCGCCUACCACCAUUGUACUUUUUCCAGGAUUUUCUCCACUUCCUGAAACCAGCAUUUGCACAGUAGUGGUCAGCGAGAGCGUCACCACAGUGACUCUCUCGCUGACAGGGAAUGGCAGCCCCUGAUUGGUCCAUGUAUAGAUGGUGACGUCUAACACAUGCUGCAGGACUUUUCAAAGCGCCGUUCAUUCAAAACGCCGUUAUUUCUGCAGUUGACUCUGCAAAGUCGGCAGAAAUCGUUUAGAUCCGACGUCUUCUGCGGAUAUAAAUGAUUUCUGUCGACUUUGCAAAGUCAACUGCAGAAUCAACGGCGUUCUGAAUGAAUGGGGCUUUGAAAAGUCCCGCACCAUGUGUUAGACAUCACCAUCUACACAUGGACCAAUCAGGGGCUGCCUUUCCCUGUUGUCCAGGUAACAGUGGAAACACAGUCUCUGAUUGGCCCUGUUAUUUUCUGAUCGGGAAUACACGCUCUCUAUGGGCCGAAGUCCAGACUGUGGUGGGAAGGAACGUCAAGUGAUUCAUGCAACAGGAUGGCCCAGCCAGGCUAUUAAUCUGGUUGUCCUUCAUCCACACCUUGAUUGACCUGACUGUCAGGAAGAGGAUUUUCUCCACUUCCUGAAAUCAGCAUUUGCACAGCAGUGGUCAGCGAGAGAGUCACUGUGGUGACGCUCUGCUCAAACAGCAUAUUGCUGGAUGAUCUAUGCAAUCUUCUUAUCCCCAUAUGCGAUAUCGCGCCUCAAUCAUAGAAAACGUGAACCCCUAAUAAUCUGUGACAAUUGUUUGUAACUUUUGAGACUCCUGAUGACAUCUCUACUAAGGCUUGAAUUUGUUCGGAAGAAUUACAGUGAUUUUGUGUUCUCAAAAAAAUACCUUAAACCACAAUUAAAUUUUUGUUAUAAAUUUUUGUUGUUGAUUAUGAUUUUUUUUUUCAUUUUUCUUUGUCCCUUCACCAGCUUCUGUGCUUAGUUGGAGAGGCAUUUGAUGACUACAGUGAUGAUGUAUGCGGAGCUGUGGUCAACAUCCGCACAAAAGGAGAUAAAAUAGCCGUAUGGACAUCGGACUUUGAGAACUGGGAGGCUGUGACACACAUAGGGUGAGACAGAUUCCUCCUCUCUAUGUAGAUGUUUUAAUUCUUUAGUAUAUGUUGUAUUGUGAACCUUCUGACACUGAUUUUAUCCUGUCAACAGGCGAGUUUACAAAGAGCGCUUGGGGCUUCCCACGAAGAUGACUAUUGGCUAUCAAUCUCACACAGACACGGCUACCAAGAGUGGUUCAACCACCAAGAACAAAUUUGUUAUUUGAGAUCUACCUUAUGUGCCUUUUUAAUUUUUCUUGUCUUAUUUGUCAUUGGUGCAAAUGUUUACUUUAAUGCAAAGACUCAGCAGAAUGCAAUCUGGAAAUUACAACCACAGGCUACAUGUCAAAUGUUUUCCAUAACCUCCCCAGGACUUGAAACACAGAAAAGAAUCAUGGAAAACAGAUGACCAAUGAAUCCUUCAAAACACUAGCAAUAAGAAGUAUUAAUUGUGGAUGACACUUAGAAAAAUGCACACUCUACAAAAGAAAUUUGUGUUGAUUUACUUUUAAAUCAGAGAAUGCUGUAUGCAAAAAAAUGAAUAUUUCCCUCUUGUGUUCUUCAGCAACGUUCUUUUGCUGUAAUCUUUGAUAACAUUUAACCCUUUUAAUUUAUUAUAAAUUUUUUCCUGCAUACAAUUAGAUUGUUAGGCUUUUGUUUUAUGUUUUUUUUUGCCUUGAACUGUUGCAUGUAAUCAACUUUUUAAAGUAUUUCAUGGCUUAUAUUCAUUUGAGUGUUAAUAUAAUUGAAACAUUGGUUUUGCAAUUAUAAAUAGUCAAACUGUAAAUAUCCAUUAGUUUUUCAAUCUGUGGUUGGCACAUUUGUUUUAAAUGUUUUUUACAAUGUGGAUGCACUGUGGGAUACAGCCUUUAUUAGCUACAGAGGCUGUAAUACACCAUCCUGUUGUUUUCUCUUGGUGAUAGACAUAAUGGCGACACAAUCACUGAAAACAAAAAAUAUUUCCUGGGGAAUUCAUCAUUUGUAGGUGUAGAUCCGAAAUUGAAACCCACCCACACCAAAAUCCUCAGAUCCAUAAAGAUCACAUUAUAAUAAGAAAGGAAAAGGUUACUUUUGCCAACAUGGCUCCCAUCUCUGCCUAAAUGUCACUUCAACAUGACUAGCAUCACGAUUUUCUCUGUUAUUGACAUUCUCUAUGCCAGCUGGCAAAGCAGACACAUUUAGAUCCCAUUUGAUCUGAUGAAGCAUUAAGUGACUGUAGGAGCCUCAUCAAGUCACCUUUUUCAUCAGUCAUGUAACAUGCUUUGCAACUACGACACUCUGAUAUAAACAUAUUUAUCAUUUACUCUUAAAGCAGACAGCACAUGGUACCUUGCAAUAAUAGACGACCAACAAAAUUAAAGCAACAUAAAAUCGAAAAAGAUAUAAACAAAGUUUGGGUAGGGAGUUUUAAACAUACCUGCCACAUUAAACAUUAUUUUUAAUUUGUAUGGCAUUCAAUCCACAAGAAUGGUCUCACAAAACAGCUAUCAUUUAUGCAUAGGAGCUGUAACUGAUAGGAAUACCAAGGUAAGGAUGCACUUGUUCUAUCGAGACAAUACAGCUGCACAAGGCCAAUAACAAAUGUGUGUAAAACUUAAAAAAUAUGUGAUUUAUUAAUUAUUAGAAAAUACUAAUAAUGGUUUGAAUUCACAGAAUUGAUAUUUUACAUUUUCCUAAAUAAUUUUAAUAUCAAAAUUCAGUGACUUCAAAUAAUUUGUUUGUUGCCUGAUACUUGCAGAAUUAUACAUUUAAAUUAAAAAUAUUAAACAUCAAGGUCAUUUGUUAAGUAAGUGUUGCUAAAAAAGCACAUUUACUGUACACUGAACUACAAUUCUAUAUACAGCUGAAUUAAAUGGAACUUUUCUGUUGCAGAAAAAUUUGGACUUAGCUUUAUCUUAAACCUGUACACUGAAGAUUUUGGAGAAUUCUCUCGUCUCAUAACAAGGCAUGAUAAUAAUAAUAAUACACUUUAUUUAUUAACCGUUUUUCAUCAGAGAUACUGUACAAUGCAAGAAGAAAACAAUGCAGUUACUUAUGUAUGAACAUUUACAGACAAAAAAUCACAGGCAGACAAACACAUCAACACAACCACAUAUAAAAAGCCUGUUUCAAAAGAUGAAUUCGCCGGAGUGUUUUGAAUGUGGCCAAGUCUGUACAGCAUGAGAUGUAUAACUGCAAACAGUGACAGGCAUAUCUUUUGCAGCAACCCUGUACAUGCUUUUCCACAUCGUUUAUCUAAAUGAAACUUGUCAUUACAAAUCUUAGAUAAAAAGAUCAUUUAGGUCCUUUGUGAGUAAUUGUGAUUGGGUAGUAUCAAAGUCAAAUGUCUCAUUCUCAUGACCACUGACAGUCAUUUUAUGAAAUGGGGCAACAAACUAACCUUGGCUGCAAUGAAUCCAAUCACUGUUAAAUUGAAUCAGGCACAGUUUCUCAGUCUCCAGUUGGCACAAGACCCUGCAAAACCUCCUUGUUUUUCCAUCAGAGUCCCUUACCAUAAUGCCAAAGUCUCUGAUGUGAGACUUCAGGUCAAAUCAAUUGGACUGAAGGACAUAAUUCAACAGGGGAAAUAUAACAUGAAGAGCCAAAUCAGGAUGGACUUGCCAAGGAAAAAAUAUUGCUAGAGAAAUCUGUUUCCAUGCUAUAGAAGCCUGGAUAAGGUAGCAAAGCACAAAGCUCUGAAUAUAAAGUUUUAUUUCUGUGAUGUUUCUUUCAAGCAGACUUGUUUUAGGGCUGCAGUGGGUAUUUCUAUUGAUGCUGUCCCCCAAGGCAGUUUUUAAUGGGUAAUAAUUCUAUUGCUGUCCAUCACUUUACACUGGAGGAAGCUGCAUCCCUCUUUAGCUGAAAACUGGUGUUUGUAAGGCCAGUAGGCAGUACAGCAAUAGAUUUGUUUACAGCCCUAAGUCUGCCUCCUGUAGGCUUUCAUCUUAAAAGACAGUAAUUUAGAGGCUCAGGGCUAUGUGGAUUACACUGAGGUCUUGUCUGUCUAACUGUCUGGGUUUUUAUAUCCGGGGCUGAAAUGGUGGCAGCUCACAAAUCAGAAGGAACGAAAUUAACUUUGACAAAAACACUUUCGGAAAAAUGUAUUGUUUGUGUGCUGAGGUGAAAAGGGAAUUUCAGACAAUCAAGAAAAAAACAUCAUAUAGGGACCCUUUUUUGGUGUCAUGAAUGCCAGUGUUGUGAGAGGAUAGUCAUGUCUUAUAACAGCUUAUACUGGCAAUGAGAUCACACACUUUACUUCAAAGAAAUGUAUAUUGCAUAUUGAGUAUGCUGCCAGUAGCUAUAAUUAGGACAUUACAGCGUGUGAUACCAGUACAGCUGGAGGAUCUAAGAUAGGCCAUUUGUGAGGCUCAAUCCUUGAUCAGCUCGCCACUGUGUAGAUGGCCAAUCAAUUUCCCCUGGGUCCAAUCUGGCACCCCUUUUUCUCUUUCAAUAGUAUCAAAAUCAAUGGUUGGAUUUGUUAACUCAGAUUACAUGAAUGAAGACGGUGAUCAGAGAGGCAGCUGACCCACUUUGUGGUCUUGUAAUUGAGAAGUCUUGGAUUAUGUUUAAAACUAAACAUACUGUAAACAGAGAAGGACCCAUGAGACACUAUCACUGCAGAGCGUGAGGCUGAUAUUAUACACAAUGCAGUUUUCAGUAUUGAUGAAAGCUCACCUUUCUGACUGAGUGUGGACUUAAAAUGAAACACUAAACCUCUGCAACUGACAGAUUCAACUAAGGAAACACAGCUUAUGUUGGCUUUAUAUCGCUGGCUUGAUGUUAACAUUUGACUGACCAACUUUAAGGCCCCUAACUUUCAUCCCUCUGUCAGUCUGAUCCUUUGGACCUAAUGAGUCAUUUAUAUACGUUUUGAACACAGCUUUCUGUUUUUACAGCCUAUCCAAGCAGUUGAAAGACUAUGCAUUUCAGGAAUGUCGCUAAAUGAAUUAAAAAGGUGUUGGUUUGAUGCUUAAAGUUAGUUGAUAUAACCCCACCACACACAUUAAAAUGUUUCAGCAUUUUCUAAUGAAGUUUA